GGGCACAGCUGCUCCGCUCAUUAAGUCGAGACGCGCGCGGGGGCACCGAGCCAGCGCCACAGCAUGGGAACAAAUAUGCAUCCUUGCAGGGAGCAGAGCUGUCGAGGACCUCACUGCGACCAGGGACUUCACUGAACACAUCCUGGAAAUCUUCCACCAGCUCCCUCAUCUGCCCAUUGGCUUUUGACCUGGAUCUCUGCAUUGGGACUUCCAUGGACUCCAUAGGAAGGUUGAGUGAAUAGUACUCCAUCCUUCCUUGUUCCUAGCCUGGGAUUCCACCUGGUUUCCAUCCAGCCCACCUGCAAGGAUGAUCAGGUGUCAAGGUUUCUGGAGUCGCCCUGUGGAUAUCUCAUCUACAGUAAGCUUAAAAUGAGCUGUAUUUUAAGAAUCUUUCAAAACAAAAGCAGAAACAAGCUAUGGAGAAGAAUAGGAACAACCGAAAACUUCGUGUCUGUGUUGCUACUUGCAACCGGGCUGACUAUUCUAAGUUAGCCCCGAUCAUGUUUGGCAUUAAAGCAGAAUCUGAGUUCUUUGAGCUCGAAGUGGUGGUUCUCGGCUCUCAUCUUAUCGAUGACUAUGGUAACACCUACCGUAUGAUUGAACAAGAUGACUUUGACAUUCAUACAAGGUUACACACCAUCGUGAGAGGCGAGGAUGAGGCAGCCAUGGUGGAAUCAGUAGGCCUUGCAUUAGUAAAGCUACCAGAUGUCCUUAACCGUCUGAAACCUGAUAUAAUGAUAGUUCAUGGAGACAGGUUUGAUGCACUGGCACUGGCCACAUCUGCAGCCUUAAUGAAUAUUCGGAUUCUUCAUAUUGAAGGUGGGGAAGUCAGUGGAACAAUAGAUGACUCUAUCAGACAUGCCAUUACUAAACUGGCUCAUUACCAUGUGUGCUGCACAAGAAGUGCAGAACAACAUUUGAUAUCCAUGUGUGAAGACCAUGAUCGUAUACUCUUGGCUGGCUGUCCCUCAUAUGACAAGCUACUCUCUGCCAAAAAUAAGGACUACAUCGGCGUUAUACGUAUAUGGUUAGGUGAAGAUGUAAAACCAAGAGACUAUAUUGUUGCUCUGCAACACCCUGUGACCACUGAUAUUAAACAUUCCAUAAAGAUGUUUGAAUUAACAUUGGAUGCACUUAUCUCCUUUAACAAGAGAACACUCGUUCUGUUCCCAAACAUUGAUGCAGGAAGCAAAGAGAUGGUUCGAGUUAUGAGGAAGAAGGGCAUUGAGCAUCAUCCCAAUUUUCGAGCAGUAAAGCACGUUCCAUUUGACCAGUUCAUCCUAUUAGUGGCUCAUGCUGGCUGCAUGAUUGGUAACAGCAGCUGUGGUGUUCGAGAGGUGGGAGCAUUUGGUACCCCUGUUAUCAAUCUAGGAACACGUCAGACAGGAAGAGAAACAGGUGAAAAUGUUCUUCAUGUUCGUGAUGCUGAUACACAGGACAAAAUACUGCAAGCUCUGCAUCUGCAGUUUGGCAAACAGUAUCCUUGUUCAAAAAUAUAUGGGGAUGGUAAUGCUGUUCCAAGGAUUCUGAAGUUUCUCAAAUCUAUUGAUCUUAAAGAACCACUGCAAAAGAAGUUCUGCUUCCCUCCUGUAAAGGAGAGCAUCUCACAAGAUAUUGACCAUAUCAUGGAAACCCAGAGUGCUUUGGCAGUGGAUCUAGGUGGAACAAAUCUCCGAGUAGCAAUAGUCAGUAUGAAGGGUGAAAUAGUUAAGAAAAUUACCCAGCUCAACCCUAAAACUUUUGAAGACAGAAUAGAACUGAUCGUCAAGAUGUGUGUGGAGGCUGCAUCAGAAGCUGUAAAUCUGAACUGCAGAAUUCUGGGAGUGGGAAUUUCUACAGGUGGACGGGUAAAUCCCCGAGAAGGUAUUGUGCUACAUUCCACAAAACUCAUUCAGGAGUGGAGUUCGGUGGAUCUCAGGACCCCGAUAUCUGAUUCUCUGCACCUGCCAGUUUGGGUGGACAAUGAUGGCAACUGUGCUGCUCUGGCAGAGAGGAAAUUUGGGCAUGGAAAAGGUGUGGAAAACUUUGUAACACUUGUCACUGGCACAGGAAUCGGAGGUGGAAUCAUUCAUCAACAUGAAUUGAUCCAUGGAAGUUCCUUCUGUGCUGCAGAACUUGGACAUAUUGUGGUAUCUUUAGAUGGACCGGAGUGCCUAUGUGGGGGUCAUGGGUGUAUAGAAGCAUAUGCCUCUGGAAUAGCCUUGCAGAGAGAAGCUAAGAAACUGCACGAUGAGGAUCUGCUCUUAGUGGAAGGCAUGUCUGUGAAGAAAGAGGAGGUUGUUAGUGCUGUACAUCUCAUUCAGGCAGCUAAACUUGGGAAUGCAAAGGCUGACAAUAUCCUCAGAACAGCUGGAACAGCCCUAGGCCUGGGAGUUGUGAAUAUCCUGCACACCAUGAACCCAUCCCUUGUGAUCCUUUCAGGAGUGCUAGCCAGCCAUUACAUCAGUACCGUCAAAGAUGUGAUAUGUCACCAGGCUUUGCCCUCUGCUCAGGCUGUGGAUGUUGUUGUCUCAAAUCUGGCAGAUCCUGCUCUGCUGGGAGCUGCUAGCUUGGUACUAGAUUACACAACACGGAGAACAUACUAAGUACUGGAAAAAUUGUAAAGAUGGAGUGUCCGGCUUUCUGAGUUCUGGGAUGACAUACUGUGCUCAGUAUAUUUCAUGAUUAUGAAAACUUUAUCUCCCACACUUAAACGGACUAGUGUUCUAGUUUGUAGCUAGUACUUCUUGUAGUCAAUUUUUUUAGUAUUUUUUUCUUAAAUUUUAGGUGGAUUCAUAUGAAGUAAUGUGUAUCUCUGUUCUUUUGUUCAACCCUGUAGCUCUCGGGCAAUUUUACAUGUGCUCUGGGGAUGAAGUGGGAAGAGGGGGCAGUGCUUUUAAUUGCAGCAGUUCUGAGAGCCGCUCUAAUUAAAGUGUCUGUGCUUAAAAAUGGUGACAGAGGUGCUUGAACUAAAGCUUGUUCAAUGAGCUUUGAAAAUACAAGCCACCUCAGGCUUCUGGCAUGAUGGUGUAGCCCAUGGUUGUAUAGUUGGGACACAAACAGCUCUGUGAGCAUUCAAGAAUUAGUCUUCUGCAGUGUGGUCCUUCUUGGAGUGUGCCUACGAGGGUUUCUUGGCCAGGGAGGUCAAAAAGUCGGUCUUGUCAUGGAUGAUUGGAGCAAGGGCAGCAGUGCCUACAGCUUUCCUCUUAAUGGGGUAAGACCUUCCCCAGUGCAUUUCUCCAACCAUUUUAUCUACUAUGACUAUUAAAAAUGUAAGGGGCAGGGCUCAGCUUCAAAAGGAAAGCUGGAGAUGGGCCUAGAUCAGUGGUCUCCAAAGUUUCUAUGGUGAAGAUCACUUUUUGGCACCUUAGAAUCUACCGCCCCCUGCCCUGCCCCCCACCUCCCAGAAAAGCCGCCCAGGCUCUGACCCCACUCAUCCAGCCCAGCCUGGGGGACUAAGCCCAGCCACGUGCAUCCUGCUGCUCCCGAUCGUGGACACUUUGACAGACUGAGACGGACUGUCAGAGGCUCCACGAUCAACCAGUCAAUCAGGGUCAAGUGGUUGGUGACCACUGGCCUAGAUCAUGCCUAACCUAUGGUGUGGUGAUUAGAGUUCUGUACUAGAAAAUAGAAGGUUUUUAUAGAUACAAAUCCACCCUGAGUGAAUGGGAGCCUAGAACCUGGGUCAACUGCUUCCCAAGUAAGUGUCCUAACCGCUCAGCUCUUGGGGAUAAAAUAUGGGAGGUCUGGAUUUCCUGGACUUAUGACCAGGUACAUUCUAAUAUUAUAAAAGCCUAAGUCUAUCUGUCCGUAAUACUUUAUUCGCACUCUGAUUGGCUGACCAACAGCCAAUCAAAGUGUGAACAAGCGUUCCAACAGGAGCCGGCGGCAUGGUGGAAUGUUGCCAUGAUGCCUGGUACACAGGAGACGGCUGCGCUGGCCUCGAGGACAGCAGGGAGGGAGCCCUGAGGCCACAGCAGGCAGCCUGCAUCUGCCCCUGCUCUGUGUACAAAUUUCGGGACUGUGUGCCCUCCCAUAGCCACAGCUCAGUGAUCAGAGCGGGACCUAGGAGAUUGCUCCCUGCCCCUGAUCACAGAGUUGGGGCAGAGGGACAUUGUUCCGGCUUGGGGUCCACACUUGAAGCCCACCCUGGCAGCAGGCAGCUGUCAAGGGAAGGGAUUGUUGUCCCACCCCCUGCUGCCCAGGCUGAGUGGGAGCAAAUUUGCUCCUGGUUGGCCACCUACAUGUGGGCUACUGCGCAGUCACUAGUAUGCAGUUAAUUUGCUACCUGCAAUGGCAAAAUUAACCCCACAGUUGUGCAGUUGACCACGCUGAGUGCACACAGUAUCAGAGAGACACUCCCUCUCCCCCCCCCAGGUGAGCUGCCCAUGGCUCUGUCCCACUCCCCACCCCUUCCUCGGACCCCAUGCACUGCCCAGCCCCUGCCUCUGCCCCAGUCUCCCUCACUGUGGGGCCCUCAGUCUGCACCCCCACCAACCAAAGACUUACCUGUAGGCAGCUAAGGGAGCUGCUCUCCACUGCCUGGGGCUGUAUUUCUGGCCUCAUGCAUGUGUGCUCAUGCACGUAGCACCCCCUGCAUUCUGCUCCCCACAGCCUCUUGCAGGCUGCAAUUCUGCCAGCCUGCAGGGGGAAACUCACCAUUUCCUGUGUUUUUGUGCCAUGAACAGAAAACCCAAGUCCCUGCACAAUACUGGAAAUCUGAGAUAAAUGCUGUCCCAGAGUCAUGCAGCCUGGGACCAGGACUUGAUAUUCCCAUUCUGGAACUGCCUCACCCAGUUAGGAAUGGGUGGUCACCCUACCCUCUACCCAAGGGGGGGCAGGGCCCUUAGGCCCCCACAUCCUUGGCACCUGUGCACCAAGGAAGAGGGUUUCCAUGUCAUUGGUGAGGUGGCAGUGCUGCUGGAGCAGAGGGCCAGCAGUAAAAAUAGUAGUUGCUGCUCUUUAGGCCUUCAUACUUCAAUAAUGCUGAGAGUCAGUUCCUAAAGUUAAGGCAACCAAGGAAAUAUAACUGAAUACUUCGACAGGCGUUAUUUUUGUUGUACUAUAAAGUUUGUAUCUGUCCAGCCAUGAUGUGAUAAGGGCUGUGUGGGGUCUGGGAGAUUGCUCUCUGCCCCAGGAGCUGCCUGCUGCCAUGGCAGGCUGCAGCUCAGAACUUGGCUGGGACAGUGUCCCCCUGUGCUGGCAGCAGGUAUCUCCCAGCCACAGCUCAGUGAUCAGAGCGGGACCUAGGAGAUUGCUCCCUGCCCCUGAUCACAGAGUUGGGGCAGAGGGACAUUGUUCCGGCUUGGGGUCCACGCUUGAAGCCCACCCUGGCAGCAGGCAGCUGUCAAGGGAAGGGAUUGUUGUCCCACCCCCUGCUGCCCAGGCUGAGUGGGAGCAAAUUUGCUCCUGGUUGGUCACCUACAUAUGGGCUACUACUCAGUCACUAGUAUGCAGUUAAUUUGCUACCUGCAAUGGCAAAAUUAACCCCACAGUUGUGCAAUUGACCGCACAGUAUGCAUCAGCACAUGUAGACACACCCUCUAUGGACCUUUUAAAAUUCCUGACUCCAAGGUAGUCUAACAUCCAGCCAAAGCCAGUCUCGGGCUACCUGGAAACCUUUUAAAGAUCCUGGCUGGCAGGCAGUUUCACUGUGGUGGUGUUCACUGCUUGCAGGCUGCCUGCCCACCUGGAGCUCUGAAGGACUUCCAGGCAGCCUAAGAUGCAGAAUGCUGCUAUAGCGCAGCACUGUCUCCAUCCACGCAAGGACCAGGGCUGUUCCUGGACUUCCAUGGCUAGAGCACUCUAACAGCACUGUCAGGGUCCCUGGCUGCUGACCACGCUGCCCUGGCAGAAUUAUAACACCCCCCUACCACCACCACUGUCGAGUCCAUAGGAUUGGGGAGGGGGCAGCCCAGAGGUCUGGGAGACAGCCACCUCCUGGCUGGUCCCACUGAUCAGAUGAUUGGCCAGAAGUCCAGAAGGGGGGCAGCAUGCCCUAACAUCUUGCUGCUGGGAAAGCUAUCAGAAAGCCAACUUGUUUCUCCUUGGAGGGGAGAGAGGGAGAAAAGGGAAUUGUGGGAUACUGGUAGAUAGGAAUACUUGUUUGUGCAUUACAUUUGUGGCCAAAAACCUUCCUGCAACAAAGAACUUGAUGUUUUAAACAACUUGUGGGUUUAGCAGGUUGUUUUUUGCUGCAUGAAACUCAAAGACAGACUGCAACAGAUGUAACUGAUGGGCAUUACUCUCCUAGCAACAGCUGUAAUUUAUAGGUUUGGUAUCAACUGUAUUAAACUGGUAAUGUCCUUUGUUGCUUAUGAAGUACAGCCCACAGACUGUACUCCACUCUGACUAACCCAAGUUUAGUAAAUCAAGUUACACUGCAUUGCAACUGGUCCUGCUCAGUAGUACCAAAGAUCUGCCAAAAGAACACAUUUCAGCCUUCUGAUAGUCUUUAAGCACUUUCCAAUGGCUUUUUGCUUUGGUAUGCCUGAAUUAUGGGAAACUUAAAUAUAGUACCAAGAGAAGGGCAUCAUUGCAUGUGAGUGACAAAUACUGUGUAAGUGGUCUGGAACAUGUCUUUAUAAUUCAGCGUGCAUCAUAAUGAAAGUCAUUGGUGUGUCAUUUCAGUAGCGUGAGUUGCUUUUGAAAAUUCUGUGCAAUAUCUAGGAUAAUGGCUUGUCUUAGACUAUUUGAAACUGUUUAAAAUUGUCCUUUAUCAAAAAUGUAUUGGUUCUUAGUGCUGCUAAUUGAAAAAAUGAACCUACUAAAGAUAAUAUAAUUGAAAGGUUAUUUCUUAGAUAUGCACCACAAUUAGAUAGUUGCUUUGUUAUGUACCACUGAUUUUGAUAAUGCCUAAAAUGUGUGAGGUGCUGCAGAGAAAGUAUAGGAAGACAUGGUUCCUGUCCAUUCAUACACUUGUUUAAAUAAGCCAAUUCUCAAUGAAUAAUUUAUAAUAAGAAUAAUUUGUGAAUUGCACAAAAACAAGAUUGCUGUACAGAACACCCUAACACUGUUUCUACAUCAUAGUGUUGUUUCAAACUGGAUUAGGAAAAUGGUUGCUUGCUAAUAAUUUGCAAGAUAAUGAGAGAUUUAUAGGCCUGUUAUCCUCUUCAUAAUACACCUUAGAUUCUCAAUGCUCUGUUUGUAAGAAGGACAUGUUUUAAAUGUUAAUGUUGCAUGGACAGUACACUGGUAUAUCAGUGCUUUCUUAAUAAAGACAGAAUCAUGGCAGUUGUAUUUAAGAUGAAGUUUUAAAGAAACUUUUUAACGUUUUAUUUCAAUUCAACAAUCUUGCAAUCUCGAAAUGAUGGUAUUAUUUAGCCUUUUUUAAGAAAAUGCUUAUUAAAGAAAUGAAGCAAUA